AAUCCUUGUCUAAUCUUUUUCUAAUCCUUGUCUAAUCCUUGUCUAAUUCUUGUCUAAUCUUUUUUUAAUCCUUAUCUAAUCUUUUUCUAAUCCUUGUCUAAUCUUUUUCUAAUCCUUGUCUAAUCCUUGUCUAAUCCUUGUCUAAUCUUUUUCUAAUCCUUGUCUAAUCUUUUUCUAAUCCUUGUCUAAUCCUUGUCUAAUAUUUUUGUAAUCCUUGUCUAAUCCUUGUCUAAUCCCAAUCCCUGUUUUUUUUUAUUAAGGAAUCCGGUGGGUCUUAAGGGCUCUCUUUCUUCCCUCCUCAGAUUACGCCGAGGCUUUAAUUAACCCAAUUAAGCACGUCAGCUUAAUGGACCAGCGAGCCAAGCAGCUGGCCACCCUCAUGGGAGAGAGCGAGGAGAACGUGGAGAAGCCGAAGGAAUCUCUGUUGAGGAGCCCCUCUUGCCACACUAUGGGGCCGUCCCGGGAGGUCCAGAAACCCCUCCCAGAUGUGUUACCACCAACUCGGACCCCCAGCAUCGCCCCCAGUCAAGGGCAGAGGGAUGACUUGAUCGCCAGCAUCUUGGCAGGUAAGAAUGAGGGUAUUAUGCCAGCCCCUUCAACACCAAGGGACGCCCGUUGACAGGAGUGAAAAGUUACAGCUUACGUAACUUCUCCUCGUAUUUACGACCGUUGCAGCCUUCCGCCACUGAUCAUGUGAUUGUUCUGACCC